AUGACUAGUCGUUGCGAUAGUAAUCCUGCUCAGUACGAGAGGAACCGCAGGUUCGGACAUUUAGUUCACGCACUCGGUCGAGCGGCCGGUGGUGCGAAGCUACCAUCCUCAAAGACGGCAACGAUAUCUCUAGGAGUCUCGUGUGGGUCGAAAGGCUCAAAACAAUGUGACACUACUAGGUGGCCGGCCCUCGUGACCGGUCAUCGCACGGGCCCCAGUUUGCCGUACGGGCGUCUUUGGAUUCGUCGUCGGGAUCUCGCCGAUCGACGGCCAUGGCGCUCUAACGGUCGAUCAUGGGUACUCCAACUUCGACGUCGAGACUCGGAAUCGUCUGUAGACGACUUAGGUACCUGGCGGGGUGUUGUACUCGGUAGAGCAGUUACCACGCUGCGAUCUGUUGAGACUCAGCCCUAUGCUUGGGGAUUCGUCUUGGCAUAUUGUGGAAGUGCUGAUAUUACAUUGGGAUAUGCCUCAGCGUGA